UUGUUGUACGCGGGAAUAGGUAGCUAUAUUGCAUGGUAUUGUUUAAAACUGAAUAAGGGUGGUCGCUUAGUCGCUAUUUGUACCCUGAAGGACCUAGAUCCAAAUGCUGUAAUGAAGCGCUGUUCUCCGUAACAACGAUUUACACUGUUCAGAAUGGCUAUCCGGUACCCUAUGGCUGUGGGCCUUAAUAAAGGCCAUCGUGUCACCAAGAAUGUCACUAAGCCCAGACACUGCCGCAGGAGAGGGCGUCUGACAAAACACACCAAGUUUGUCCGUGACAUGAUCCGCGAGGUCUGUGGAUUCGCUCCUUAUGAGAGACGUGCAAUGGAAUUGUUGAAGGUGUCAAAGGACAAGAGAGCACUUAAAUUCAUAAAGAAAAGGAUUGGUACUCACAUACGUGCCAAGAGAAAGAGAGAAGAACUGAGCAAUGUUCUGGCAGCAAUGAGAAAGGCUGCUGCCAAGAAGGAUUAAUUGUAACAGUUUGCAUAAAAAUAAAUGUUUCUCAAAAAUA